AUGUCUUCUGCACCGCCUUCAAAAACUGCCGAGUUGUCUUCCCAUCAUUUCAUCGAAGGAAAAUACAAAGAUAUUUACGAAAAGCAAAGACAAAUUCUUUCCAUCCGAUUUAAUUCAAAUUUAACAGAUGAAGAGAAGAGUCAGCAUAUUACAACUGAAUUGCAAAAUUUAAACAGAUUAGAGCAUGAUUUAAUGUUGUUGCAAAAAGAGUCAUAUGAAGUGCUGGAAGAGGAUUUAGAUUUAUUAAACAUUCGAUUGGUUGUGGGUUUUCCAAAAUAUUACCAAAUCAAGAGUUUUGAUUCGGAAGGUAGAUUGGUAUCCACUAGUAGUAGCAGAAGAUCAUCUGUUGAUUCUAAUGCCCCAUCAACAAUUACAACCGCAUUCGAUGGCAAUGCUGCUGGUCAAGAACUGAAACCACCACUCACUCGAAAUAGAUCACGAACACUUGAUCAUCCAUUCACAAAAGCAACGUCCAUUCAUGGCAUGACUCCAAAGGAAUCAUUUAGAUAUAGUGAAAACAAGUAUGAAGCGAAACAGUUAAGAGAGGAAAUUCGUGAACUACGUGCUGAAUUGUUGCUAUUAAAGAGAAAAAAGAGGUUGUCUAAUAGCGAAGAGGGUAGAAGUAUUGAACUUGAACAUCAAAUCAAGGAUAAAGAGGCAUCCUUUCUCAAGAUGUAA